GACGUUAUACAGAUUUGGGGCUAUUACCCCAGCCCCUCGAAAUUCAAGUAUUUGAGUGACUGGCCUUCCGGCAGAAGCCUGUCAAAACUGUCCAGAUUGCAGUUGCGAAACACGUUGCUUACAAAUGGCUAUCAUUCACAUCGUCCUCGUCAAGUUCAAACCUACCACUCCAGAGACUGUGAAGAGAGAGCUCUGUGAUAAGGUGUGCGCUCUCAAGGAAGUCAUUCCUGGAAUCACCAAGGCCACUGCUGGCAAGAACUUCACUGAACGCGGCAAGGGCUUUGAAUGGGGUUGGGUAUUUGAGCACGUGAGCAAGAAGGAUUUGGAGGUCUAUGCUACACACCCUGCUCAUCUUAAGUUUAUCAGCGACUUGGCCGCUCAUAAGGAGGACAUCCUUGCCUUUGACUACGAAGCUUAGAUGAUAUCGCGCCUAGACAUCAAUAAAAAUUGACAGCGAAGCCGCGUCCGCUACUUUCAUUUUC